CGGGGAGGCGGCCGCGAUCGCUCUCCCCAGCCCCCCGUCGGCCGCAUGUCGUCGCUGACGGUCAACACCGGCCGCGCCGCCAACCUGUCGCUCUCCUCCGCGCCGCCCUCGCCGCUGCUGGAGUCGUACCACGGCACCUACCAGAACUGCUCCCCCAUGCCCUCGCCCCUGCUGCUCGCCUCCACGCACCCGUCGGAGCUCCCCAGGGUCAUUGACGCCCUGUCGCCCAUCUCGGACGGUGAGGGCGACGGCACCAGGCUCAGCCGCCGCGCACGCUUCCACGACGGCGCCGACAUUGCCUCCCGCCUCGCCCAGGCGCUCAAGGGCACCCACAAGCCCGACGUCGGGCCCCUCAUCGAGAUCCUGCCCAGCCUCUCGCACGAGCAGGUCAUGGAGCUCCGCGCCGAGUACAAGCUCAUCGUCAAGACGGGCGCCGACCGCAAGGGCGUCAACAUUGCCAAGCACAUCCGCGCCCGCCUCAAGGACGAGGACCCCCUCCUGAUGAAGGCCUGCUACGCCGUCGCCCUCGGCAAGUGGGAGAGCGAGGCCUACUGGGCCAACUUCUGGUACCAGGGCGACAAGACCCGCCGCGAGCUGCUCAUCGAGUCGCUCAUGGGCCGCACCAACGAGGAGAUCCGCCGCAUCAAGGACGCCUUCUCGGAUAAGAAGUACGACAACAGCCUGACCAAGUGCAUGAAGACGGAGCUCAAGGAGGACAAGUUCAAAAAGGCCGUCCUCAUGGUCCUCGACGAGCGC